AUGUCGGACGAAGGUGCAGAACGUGGUGGGAGCAGACGCGACGAAGAAGAACUUGCUAGCAAGCAACUCAUUAUUCAUUACAAGAGGUACUAUGUGGACGUGAAACAGAACAGCAACGGACGGUUCAUCAAGAUUGCCGAACUUAACGGUGCGUUUUUAUCACAACUUUCAUGUCUACUUUUGUUUCAUAUGGGAACGAAUUACAAAUCACGCCUUGUUUUAACUAUGUCCGCUGCAACUCAGUUAUGCGAACAGCUAAACGAGAUGAUAAAAUUCAACGAAACUCUGCCAGAAGGAGCAGAUAUGAGUGCAGAAGUAAGUUGUAAUGGAACGCUGAAAUCGGAAAUGCUGGUGUUCGAUGCAAGACGCUACUACCUUGAUCUAAGGGAGAACAAGCGUGGACGUUUUCUCCGUAUUGCACAGACUAUUAAUACACCGCGUAUGAACCGCAUUCAGAUCGCUAUCCCAGCCCAGGGGAUGGGGGAUAUGCGCCACGCGCUUAGUGAGAUGUUGGAGAAGUACGGAAAGGGUUAUCUCAAUGAUGGAACUGAUACACCAAAAUCUAAGCAGCUGGCAGCGGAUAGCAACAAGACUUUCUAUUUCGAUGUUGGCAAGAAUGAUCGUGGCACCUUUGUUCGUGUUACUGAGGCCAAACGACCAUCAGGUUAUCGUACGUCGAUAACCAUUCCACAGUCAGCUUUGGACAAGUUUCGUCACCUCCUUGAUGACGUCAUCGAAGAUCUGGCGAUGCCAUCGACGAAGGCACAAGCGGGAGAAGGCGAUUCUAUCACCUCCGACAAUUUUUUAGGAGAUGCGGAAGUACUUCUUGUACGGAACGACCCGCCUCGUUUUUACGUUCAUUAUAUUGACUGCAAUAGAAGGUUAGACGAGUGGGUUGAAGCAGAAAAUCUCAAUCUCGAUUCCUUACGAAUGCCUCAAAAAGGAAAGAAAGGUGUUGUGCAGUCAGUGGAGAGCACGUCUGCAUCGGGGUCACCAGAGAGAGAACUGAGCAAGAAAAGUGCCGCUAUGCGAAAAAGGAAAGCGCAAACUAUGGACGAAGAUAGUCAAGACGGGAUGGGACAGAAUGGUGCACCAAGUCUUCGUGGUUCUAUGUCUAUGGUCGGUCAUAGUGAGGAUGCUCUGACAAGGAUUCGCAAUAUCGAAAUGAUCGAAUUAGGAAGGCACCGUAUACAGCCAUGGUAUUUUGCGCCGUAUCCUCAGCAACUUGUUCAUCUUCCUUGUAUUUAUAUCUGUGAAUUUUGCUUAAAAUAUGUGAAGAGUCACACUUGUCUGAAAACACAUAUGAAAAAGUGCCAUCUUAAACAUCCCCCCGGAAACGAGAUCUAUCGCAGUGAGGAGCUAUCGUUUUUCGAAAUUGAUGGUCGCAAAAAUAAGUCGUAUGCUCAGAACUUGUGUUUGUUGGCAAAGUUGUUCUUGGAUCACAAAACUCUGUACUACGACACUGAUCCAUUCCUCUUCUAUGUAUUGGCGUUUCUGGACGAUCGUGGAUUUCAUAUUGUCGGCUUUUUUUCCAAAGAAAAGGAAUCAGCCGAAGAAUACAAUGUUGCUUGUAUAUUAGUGCUGCCACCGUAUCAAAAAAUGGGCUACGGACGGUUGUUGAUAGAAUUUAGCUACGAACUUUCCAAAGUCGAAGGAAAGACAGGCUCUCCAGAGAAACCACUUUCUGACCUUGGAUUGUUGUCGUACCGUAGUUUCUGGUCUGCAACAAUAAUUGAGAAACUUAUGCGUUUCAAAGAGGAAGAGAUUGCAUCAGGUGAAGAACGAGCCAUUUCCGUCAUGGAUCUUUCUCAAAUGACAUCAAUUCGGAAGGAAGAUGUUAUUUCUACAUUACAACAUCUCAAUUUAUACAAAUACUACCGAGGACAAUAUGUGAUAGUCAUUACUGAUGAAUUAAAAUCGGCCUACCGACGUAUGUGUGAGAAAAUCAAUGUGCGCAUCGACCCAACGAAACUAAAGUGGCAACCAAAGGACUGGAGUAGACGUAAGAUAUGA